AUGAAUGGUUUACUUAUCAGAAAAUUAAAAAGACAAUAAGAAAAGAUUAAGAGCAAAUGGGUUCCUUAGUGUCAGGAUGGGACUCUCGAGUAAGCGAUCCCAACUCAGUGAGACGGUGCAAGUCACUAACAAGAGAAGAAAUCGACACUUUUUGGAAAACGAAGAAGAAGAGUGAAGAAGAAGAACAUGUUCAAGCCGUUUCCAAGUUGGUAACUCAGGAAGGUGCACAAAGCCAAGCGCAAGAGGAGAAGAGAGUAGAGGAUCUUUUUGAGAACCAAAGCAAGAGAAGUGGAUGGUGGAGAAAAACCAACUGGGCGUUCUUGAACGAGCCAAGGGAGGAAGAGGGUCGACAGAACAAUUACGUGCCGCAGUUCAAAGUGGCUCACAUCGCCAAAAUCGCGGACUCAGAGAUGACAAGCAAGAUUCUGGUGAUCGGAGCGACAGGUCUCAUCGGAAAAGUCAUCGUCGAAGGAAGCGCCAAGUCCGGCCACGCAACUUUCGCUCUGGUUAGAGAAGCCUCCCUCUCCGAUCCCGUUAAGGCCCAACUCGUCGAGAGCUUCAAAGAUCUCGGCGUUACUAUAAUCUACGGAAGUUUAAAUGAUAAAGAGAGCUUAGUGAAGGCGAUUAAACAAGUCGAUGUCGUGAUAUCAGCUGUUGGUCGGCCUCAAAUUCUUGAUCAAACCAGUAUCAUCGAUGCCAUCAAAGAAUCUGGAAAUGUUAAGAGAUUCUUACCAUCAGAAUUUGGCAAUGACGUGGACCGUACGGUAGCCAUCGAGCCAACGCUAUCAGAAUUCAUCGGUAAAGCUCAGAUAAGGCGUGCCAUUGAAGCUGCAAAGAUACCUUAUACGUAUGUCGUUUCAGGUUGCUUUGCAGGUCUUUUUGUUCCUUGUUUGGGUCAAUGCCACUUGCUACUCAGAUCUCCUCCUAGAGACAAAGUUUCAAUCUAUGAUAAUGGCAAUGGCAAAGCCAUUGUCAACACUGAAGAAGACAUUGUUGCAUAUACUUUGAAAGCUGUUGAUGACCCGAGAACACUUAACAAGAUUCUCUACAUACACCCGCCCAAGAACAUUGUAUCGCAGAACGAUAUGGUUCGUUUGUGGGAGGAAAAGAUCGGUAAGACUCUCGACAAGACUUAUGUUUCAGAGGAAGAACUCCUCAAAACCAUCCAAGAGACUGGACCUCCAAUGGAUUUUUUGGUGGGUUUGAUCCAUACGGUCCUUGUGAAGAGCGACUUUACCUCCUUCACUAUAGAUCCUUCUUUUGGAGUUGAGGCUUCCGAGCUUUACCCUGAGGUCAAGUACACAAGUGUCGAUGAGUUUCUUAACCGGUUUGUCUGAAAAAAACCUCGUCCCUUGUA